AUGUCUGACAAGGUCGACACCGGUUCCGCAGGCGGCAGUACCUCGAACGGCGCCGCUCCCCAGUUCACCGAGCGUGAGCUCCAACUGCUUGGAUGGGCUAUGCAGUCGCUCAAGUCUGGUCCUCCGGAGAUCGACUACGAGAAGCUGGCCAAGUUCGCCAGCAUGUCGAACCCCCGCUCGGCCAGCAACGCCUGGGCCAAGAUCAAGAGCAAGCUCAUGACGAGCUCCGACGGCACUGUCGCCGCCACUCCCAAGAAGGGCGGCGCAAAGAGGAAGGCCGAAGAUGGUGGGGAGGGUACGCCCAAGAAGACGCCCCGCAAGCGCGCCGCCAAGAAGCAGGACGUCGAUGGUGCUGGUGAUGCUUCGCCCAAGAAGAAGGGUCGCGCUGCUGCUAAGAAGGUUUCUGACGAUGAGGCUGACAACGUCAAGACCGAGUCCGACGACUCUGCUGACACGAAGUCCGCCGUUACCGCCAAGGAGGAGCCUAUCGAGGACGAGGUCUAG